UACACUCGCGGCACAGGCUGACAGUAUUGUCGGGGGCUAUUCUCUCUCCCAGGAACAUGGCGGCGAGUCAGGGAGGAGGUGGUAACAGUGGGGGCGGCGGUUGUGGUGGAGGUGGAAGUAGCGGUGGCUGUGGCACGGCUGGAGGGGGAGGUGGCGGGGCUGGAGGGGGAGGCGGCGGCGGCGGCGGGACCCUGGUGGUCCCCAUCCCGGUACCGACUCUUUUCGGUCAGCCGUUCCCCAACGGGCCGCCGUGGAACCCGGGGAGCCUGCAGCCUCAGCACACCGUGAGGAGCCUGGACCGGGCCCUGGAAGAGGCGGGCAGCUCCGGUAUCCUGAGCCUCAGUGGUCGGAAACUCCGAGACUUCCCGGGCAGCGGCUACGACCUGACGGACACCACCCAAGCAGAUCUUUCCAGAAAUCGUUUUACAGAAAUUCCUUCUGAUGUCUGGUUAUUUGCACCCCUUGAAACAUUAAAUUUAUAUCAUAAUUGCAUCAAAACCAUUCCUGAAGCCAUUAAAAAUCUGCAGAUGUUAACAUACCUUAACAUUAGCCGAAAUCUUUUAUCAACAUUGCCAAAAUACCUAUUUGAUCUUCCCCUUAAAGUUUUGGUCGUCAGUAAUAAUAAACUGGUAUCCAUUCCAGAAGAAAUUGGGAAGUUAAAAGAUUUAAUGGAAUUGGAUAUUAGCUGCAAUGAGAUUCAAGUCCUUCCCCAACAAAUGGGAAAAUUACAUUCACUUAGAGAGCUAAAUAUAAGAAGAAAUAAUCUUCAUGUUUUGCCAGAUGAAUUAGGAGACCUUCCCUUAGUCAAGCUGGAUUUCUCUUGUAAUAAAGUGACCGAAAUUCCAGUUUGUUACAGAAAACUGCAUCAUUUACAAGUAAUAAUAUUGGAUAACAAUCCAUUGCAAGUACCACCAGCACAGAUAUGUUUAAAGGGUAAGGUGCACAUAUUUAAGUACUUAAAUAUUCAAGCAUGUUGCAGAAUGGAUAAGAAACCAGAUUCCCUGGAUCUUCCAUCAUUGAGUAAACGAAUGCCCUCCCAGCCUCUCACAGACAGUAUGGAAGAUUUUUAUCCAAAUAAAAAUCAUGGCCCUGACUCCGGAAUUGGAAGUGAUAAUGGAGAGAAACGAUUAUCCACAACAGAACCAUCAGAUGAUGACACAGUCAGCCUUCAUUCUCAAGUCUCAGAAUCAAAUAGAGAGCAGACAUCAAGAAAUGACAGUCACAUAAUAGGAAGUAAGACUGAUUCUCAGAAAGACCAGGAGGUAUAUGAUUUUGUUGACCCCAACACAGAAGAUGUAGCAGUUCCUGAACAGGGAAAUGCACAUAUUGGAUCAUUUGUAUCAUUCUUUAAGGGAAAAGAAAAAUGUUCUGAAAAAUCUCGGAAAAAUGAAGAAUUAGGAGAUGAAAAAAGACUUGAGAAAGAACAGUUACUGGCGGAGGAAGAGGAUGAUGAUUUGAAGGAAGUAACUGAUUUGAGGAAAAUAGCUGCUCAGUUAUUGCAGCAGGAACAGAAGAACAGGAUUCUUAAUCAUUCAACUUCUGUGAUGAGAAACAAGCCAAAACAAACUGUGGAAUGUGAAAAGAGUGUCUCAGCAGAUGAAGUUAAUUCACCAUUAUCACCCCUCACCUGGCAGCCCUUAGAAAAUCAGAAGGAUCAAAUAGAUGAACAACCGUGGCCAGAAUCUCACCCUAUAAUCUGGCAGAGUGAAGAAAGGAGGCGGAGCAAACAGAUUAGAAAAGAAUAUUUCAAGUAUAAAUCAAUGAGGAAGAGUUCAAGUGGCAAUGAAAAUGAUGAGCAAGACAGUGAUAAUGCUAAUAUGUCACCACAAUCUCCAGUAUCAUCUGAGGAAUAUGACAGAACUGAUGGUUUUUCACACAGUCCCUUUGGCUUGAAACCUAGAUCAGCUUUUAGCCGCUCAUCUCGCCAAGAAUAUGGGGCAGCAGAUCCAGGAUUUACAAUGAGAAGAAAGAUGGAACAUUUACGGGAAGAGCGAGAGCAAAUACGACAACUUCGCAACAAUCUUGAAUCCAGGUUAAAAGUAAUUUUGCCUGAUGACAUUGGAGCUGCACUGAUGGAUGGGGUUGUUCUUUGCCAUUUAGCCAAUCAUAUAAGGCCACGUUCUGUUGCUAGUAUUCAUGUACCAUCACCAGCAGUGCCCAAACUGAGCAUGGCAAAAUGUCGAAGAAAUGUAGAAAAUUUUCUUGAUGCUUGUAAAAAGUUGGGUGUCUCACAGGAAAGACUUUGUUUGCCUCAUCAUAUUUUGGAAGAACGAGGACUUGUGAAAGUUGGUGUCACAGUUCAGGCGCUCCUUGAAUUACCAACAACCAAGGCAUCUCAGCUUUCUAUGGCUUAAUAUAACAUUUUAAAAUUCUAA